GCUGGUCGACUACUCGACUAACUUCCGCUGCGACUUCCGCUUCAUCCAUCAAUUGUUCUGCUUUUGUGUUGCCAUCUUCCGUUAUCAAACAUGGCUUCUUUCGCGUGUCGCUCUUGCUUGAAGCAAGUCCCCCGAGGUACACCAGCAAUCUACAAGCGAGCAUUCAGCGCCACCGUUCGCUCAAAUGCCGAAGUCAAGAAGCUCGGUGUCAUUGGUGCCGGUCAAAUGGGUCUUGGAAUCGCUCUUGUUGCUGCUUUGAGAGCUCAAGUGCCUGUCACAUUGGUCGACACCUCCCAGGCUUCUAUCGAUAAAGGUCUCAAAUUCGCCGACAAGCUGCUAGCAAAGGAUGUUUCCAAGCAAAGAAUUAGCCAGGACGAUGCAGAUGCUGCAAGGCAACGACUGGUGCCAGUAACCGAUAUGGGAGCUUUGUCAGAAGUCGACAUGGUAAUCGAGGCUGUACCCGAAAUCAUCGACCUCAAAACCAAGAUCUUCGCCCAAUUGGCCAAGCUGGCCCCUUCGCAUGCUGUCCUGGCUACCAACACAUCAUCAAUCAGCAUCACAAAGAUCGCUGCCGCCACAACGACGGACCCAACGGAUCUCUCGGCCGCUUCGAGGGUUGUUUCGACUCACUUCAUGAACCCUGUUCCUAUCCAGAAGGGUGUUGAGAUCAUCACUGGACUGCAGACUUCUCCCGAGACUCUGGCGACAUCUAUCGAAUUUUGCAAACGCAUGGGCAAGAUUCCAUCAGUCAGUCAGGAUAGCCCGGGCUUCCUCGCCAACCGCAUCCUCAUGCCAUACAUCAACGAGGCUAUCAUCUGCCUGGAGACUGGAGUCGGAGCAAAGGAAGAUAUUGAUGCCAUCAUGAAGAAUGGCACUAACGUACCGAUGGGCCCUCUUCAACUUGCAGACUUCAUCGGUCUCGACACCUGUCUGGCAAUCAUGCGCGUUUUGCAUCAGGAGCUUGGUGAUUCCAAGUACAGACCUUCUGUAUUGCUGACCAAGAUGGUCGACGCUGGCUGGCUAGGAAAGAAGUCUGGAAAGGGCUUUUAUGAUUACUAAACUUCUAAUAGCUGCUAAAACGAAAAAACAAUUCAAAGAAGACUAUCAUGACUCAAAUAUGAUGGUCCUGCUUCUCCAUAUCAUGUUUCCUCCGCGUCUCAGAAUCGACAAUUUCGUGCUCAUCUAUGUCACUAACCACCGAAUCCUGCCGCACGAUUCUACUCGCGUUCUCCGUCUCAGCACCUCUUGGUGAAUCGACAGCAACCAUGCUUCCUCUACCAAUGACAAAUUUCGGCGGUCUCUCCAACCAGUUCGGAUUUUGAGACGAAGUACUGCUGUUCCUUCUGCCAUCAAACGGCGACUUGAUCAAUCUGAUCCACGCUCUGAUGAUCUCGAAUUUGAACAGCAGG